UGAAUAUCGCAGAAGCGGAACAGUGUAAUGAGAGAGAGAGAGAGAGAGAGAAAAUUGGCUUGGUGGUGGUCUGGUGGAGUGAAAAAAUAGAACAACAAAUGGAAGGCAACUAGAACAACACCACCAUACCAGGGGGGAAAGGAAGCAAGCAACAAUCCAAAACACCAUUAAACAACUUCCCCGGCAAACUAAAGUGAUCUUCCUUCUCCCUCCUGGUCUUUCUGUUCCAUCUGUCUCCCCAGUUCCUCCCCUUCAUUGAAAUUCUCCUGUUUACCCCCACAUCUCCUUCUUCUAGCCCUCCCCUCCUUCCUUCCUUCCUUCCUUCGAUUCCAUCAACCCAACUGACACCGUUGCUUCUUCACCCAUCUGCAGGAUUUCCUGUCUUCUCCAAUAUUUUAGUCUUUCUUCAAUAGCAGCAGGACUUACGGCCUCAAGAGGUUUCCAAAAGGGAGUCAGAAAAGGGAAAUCUUUUUUGGGGAAAUAUAAGAUCCAAAAGUCCUGGCUUUUUGAAUCUUCUCUUCAUGGAGCAGCUCGUCAACUUUAUCAUACGCCCGCCCAGAGCUGAAUACAGCCCCAAACAUGAUUUGUUGGAGCCGGAGUUCAUGCUGGGAGGGAAACUAUACCAGCGAAAGGAUGUUGAGAUUAAGAACAACAGAGGAUACAUUCUUCAGUGCAGUCAUUAUGUCCCCAUCGUGAGUCCCGAAGGAAAGCCACUGCCCUGCGUAAUUUAUUGCCAUGGAAACAGUGGGUGCAGGGCUGAUGCAAGUGAAGCUGCUAUCAUACUCUUGCCUUCAAAUAUCACGGUUUUCACUCUUGAUUUCGCUGGAUCUGGACUAUCUGAUGGGGAUCAUGUUACCCUGGGAUGGUAUGAAAAAGAUGACCUGAAGUCAGUUGUUGAUUAUUUGAGACAAGAUGGAAAUGUCUCUUUGAUUGGGUUAUGGGGCCGGUCAAUGGGUGCUGUCACCAGCCUAAUGUAUGGUGCACAAGAUCCUUCAAUUGCCGGAAUGGUGCUGGACAGUCCCUUUUCUGAUUUGGUUGAUUUGAUGAUGGAACUCGUGGACACCUAUAAAUUCCGUUUUCCAAGAUUCACUGUAGCCAAGUCUUGCUUCGUUCCAGCUUUAUUUGGGCAUGCAAUUCAGGAUGAUUUCAUACAGCCUCAUCAUUCUGAUCGGAUAUAUGAAGCGUACAUGGGAGACAAGAAUAUCAUCAAAUUUGAAGGAGAUCACAAUUCUCCACGACCACAGUUUUAUUUUGAUUCGAUAAACAUAUUUUUCCACAAUGUGUUGCAACCUCCUGACGAUGAGAUUGCAGGACCUUAUUUUGAUACAAUGAUCAAUUACUUUGGUAAGCAUAGUCGGAAAAGUCACCACGGCGUAAGCCAUACCCCAGAGUCUUCGGUUUCACCUAAAGUGGCAGGAUCGUCGACAAACAGCAGCACAGAAGAUGCUAUCAAGCAAGUCCGACUGAGAAGACCUAUGAGUCGGAUUGAGGUUCCCUCGGAUAUUCCACCUACAGAAGACAAAUCCAAGAAUCAGGAUGGGGAAACUGACGAUAAUGAUCACGUGCCAUCGUCGUCUUCUCAAAUGAUUAGCUUCAACUUGUCCUCCAAUGGCAAUCCAUAUGGCUCACAUGUUCCAACAGGGCCAGAUGAUGAGCAGUACGUAGAAUACCAACUGGAUGACUUGACAGGCGCCCCAUCUAAUGCGGAGGAGGAAGAAAGGAUGCUGAUGGAAGCAAUAAUCGCAUCAUUAAAGGACAUGGAUGUACCAGCAAGCUCCACAGGUACAGAAUCGUCACAAAGUACCGCAGUAACAGCUGCACCAGAUGUCCUGACUGGCGAUUCAAAGGAGGAGAAGCUACAAGUGGUUUCAAAAGCGGCAGAAUCGACUUCCUCUUCUUCAUUGAGCAAUGGUGAAGCUUCGAGCGCAGAACACCCAUCUUCCAUUGAGGAAUCAACGAGGACAGCAACCAGACGUGGUGACACCUCAUCAACAGGCAGCAUUGUGGUGACUGACUUGUCAGGUAAGACAAAGGCGACCCUAACAGUAGAACGGAACCCUACGAACCAUAACAUUAUGGAUGGUCUAAUGCGUCGUUGGGAUUUCAGCCUGUUCAGAAACAACAACCGAUGAUGAAAGACGAACGGGGAAGACGAACUUAUGAGGUUUCUGCUCCCCGGUUUGAAGUUGAAGAUUCAUUUGUUCUGUAAUUAAAGAUAGAAUCAGGGUGGGUUUUCCAGCAGAUUUGUGUAAAGAUACUCUUGAGAAAGUGAAAAAAGAAACAGAAGAAGAGAAAGAUAGGUGCUUUUUUUACAAUGUUGUCCCAUUUUCCCCAUUUGAUGCUGAUCUAGGUUUCUGCUACAUCCCUUGAUUCCUCUGACGAGAAGGAAGAAGGAAGACAUUUGUAAUGAUUUACUCACUGUGGCCGUGUGGAGCUGUUUGAUUGAAUUUGUGCUUUGAUGAUCUUCUCUACUCCUUUUUCCCGUGGAUCAGAGUCGAGUUUUUU